AUGCCGCCCAAUGCCGAAGGCACGCUUUUGCAGGCUCCGGAGAAGAGCAAUGACAUGAUCGAUGCAGGCCCUGAGUCUCCCACCUCAUGGCCCAAUGUCUCCUUCCUGACCAAGCAGCGAACAUCGCCAUCAGCCAUGAAGCUUUCACAGUCUCUUGUUGCGGCCAUUGCGCUAAGUGGCAGUGUCUCUGCUGAGCCUGACUCGUAUGACUACAUCGUCGUGGGAGGUGGCACUGCUGGUGCCGCUCUCGCUACGCGUCUGAGUUUGGGCCUCCCCAAAUCGAAGAUCUUGCUCGUCGAAGCAGGUCCUGCCGCUCCCGAUGAUCUCAGGAUCAAUGUUCCUGGCUUCCGGGGGUCAAUCUUGGGGUCUGAGCUCGAUUGGAAUUUCACAACGGUAGGACAGUCGGCGCUUGAUGGCCGCUCAGUUCUUGUGAACCGCGGCAAGGUUCUUGGCGGCUCGUCUGCCAUGAACUACCUUUGCUAUGACCGCGCGUCUGCGCCAGAGUACGAGUCCUGGGCCGAGUUCGGCAACAAGGGAUGGGGUUGGAACACCAUGAUCAAUGCCAUGACCAAGUCGGAAAAUUUUACCGACGACGACGACGACCGACAUGGUUUCAAGGGGCCCAUCCGCAACUACUACAAUCGUGUGGUAUACCCUGUGCUGAGGCUCUGGGAGCCUGCCGUAAGCAAGUUGGGCAUCAACAUCAACGACCGCCAGAGCAUGGGUGGUGAGCCCAUUGGAGUAGGCUUCCAGCCGACCAACAUAGAUGUUACAAGGCACACUCGAUCUUACUCAGCGAGCAGCUACCUUCCUUUGGCUGGCAAAAACUUGAUUGUCAAGACAAAUACCCAGGUUGAGAAGGUCAAUUUGGUCAAGCGCAAGAGUUCGUACCAGACCACCGGCGUGACCCUUCCCGGUGGUGUCAUCAUCACCGCCAAGAAGGAGGUCAUUGUUUCUGCUGGUUCCGUCCAAAGCCCGGGUAUUCUUGAGCUCUCGGGAGUUGGCCAGCCCAAUGUUCUCAAGGCGCUGGCAUCACUCCCCUUGUCAACCUCCCUGGAUGGCAUCGAUUCGUUCGACAACCUCAUCUUUGACAACGCGGGGGUCAACGCCACAGGUGAACUGCAAAAGUGGCAGGAGGGUAAACAGUCGCUAUACGAGUAUACAACUGCAGCCUACGGCUUCAUGAACUGGAAGCAGCUCGGCAUUGAGGCCAAGAUCAAGAAGAUUGCCACUGACGUCUUCGGCUCCAGUAAAAACGUUGUCGACGCCAAGAAGCUGCAGUUCCUCAAUAACUCCCAGGUCCCUUCGGUGGAAGUUAUCUACGAAGCCAACUAUGUCGGCGCCUUUGGCUACACUGGUGGAAAGUUUGUAACCUUCCUGUCCACGGUCAUGCAUCCCUUCUCGCGCGGUAGUGUGCAUAUCGACCCCCAGAGCCCUCGUGGAAAGCCCAUCAUCGACCCAAAGUUUUUGAGCAACGAGUAUGACCUUACUGCUCUUGUGGAAGCCGCAAGAUUCUCUCGCCGCAUCGCCGAAACUGCACCCAUCAAGGCAACCUGGGAGGCCGAGACUGAGCCCGGCCCAGAUGUCCAGACCGACGAGCAGUGGCGCGCAUUCGCGAAGAAGGCCAUGGGCAGCUUUUACCAUCCUGUUGGUACCUGUGCCAUGCUGCCCCGAAAGGACGGUGGUGUUGUGGAUGCUGAGCUUCGCGUCUACGGAACCACUGGCCUGCGUGUUGUUGAUAACAGCAUCAUUCCCAUUAUCCCUUCGGCUCACAUCCAAACAGCCGCUUAUGGCAUUGCUGAAGUUGCCGCAGCCAAGAUCAUUGCUUCUGCGUAA